GAUGGCCGCGGCCUUGUAGGUAUUCAACUCAGGGAAUCCCAACGGAUCCAAUAGUGGGACGUCCGUACUGCUCGUCCUAUCGGAAAACCUGUUCCCUCCUUGCCCCGCCUCCUGCCGUGACGCUCCCCCCAGAAACCAAUCCAGACGCAAGUGCAGACUUGGAAGGAAAAGAUAAAAGAUCUCAGAUUCAGACAGUCCAAGGAGAGGAGAAAACAGAAAUGCCUGACAGUCUGCUAUCUGGCACGGAGAAGAAAUGGAAUCAAUUUUUGGCAAAGGAGAGGGAAAACGUAGGUGAAAGGGUGAAUGUGACUCUGGAUCCAGACACGGCUCAUCCCCAACUCGUCCUGUCUGAGGAUGGGAAAAGUGUGAGAUGGGAAGACACAUGGCAGGAUCUGCCCAACAACCCUGAGAGAUUUGACUCUUGGGCCUGUGUGCUGGGCUGUGAGGGAUUCACCUCGGGGAGACAUUGCUGGGAGGUGGGGGGUGGGGGAGUCUAUAUUGUGGGGGUGGCCAGAGAGUCUGUGGGGAGGAAGGGAGAGAUCAGCUUUAGCCCCGAGGAGGGGAUCUGGUCUGUAGGUCAGGCUGGAGGUCAGUACUGGGCUCUCACCUCGCCUAAGAAAGUCAUCUUGCCUCUGAGCUGCAUCCCCCAGAGGAUCUGGGUUUCUCUGGAUUACGAAGAGGGGCUGGUGACAUUUUUUGAUGCUGAUAAUGAGUCCCUCAUCUUCCCCUACCAGAGGGCCUCUUUCACUGGGGAGAGAGUCCUCCCUUUUUUUGUGUGUGAGGAAAGUGUCCAGCUCUGCCUCCUUCAGAGAUGAGGGUUUAAAUCCACAACCCCACCAGUCAUUCCCCAUAAAGGUCACCGUCAUGUCUGCGUUGCACCCCCACGAUUUCUCCACAGCCCAGAAAGAAAGAGCGACACCAAAUUAAACCUAGCCACUGCUUCAGCAGAGUGGGCAACCCCUGUCUCAGGCAGCUCUCAGCCCAGUGCCUUCCAACAAGGGAAACCGAGGCCAAACAUGCAUCGUCCCCAGAGGGGGAUCCACUGCCGGCCAGCUUGUGCCACCUGCCCUGCAGCUGGGACAGAGCCCCAUUGGGCCCAGCUGCCUCUCAGCCCAGAGAAAGGGAUUCUCUGGAUUCCCUGUUCAAUUUGUGGUGUAUAAAUAACUUCCAACUGGCCUGCUCCUCACUGUCCCUGUGCCCCCAUGUAACGAUCUCGAGUCCCCAGCUGCUCUGUUCCCCUUCACCCGCUAGAAACUGGCUCCCAGUGAGAGAGCCCAGAACGAGCCACUUUCUCUCCCUGGAGAGAAUCUGGGUGCUGCGGAGGGAGAUGGGCCCAUGUGGGCCCUGGCGGCUGGGGAUGGCCAGCCAGGGAGGAGCUGGAAUUCUGUAACUCACCUUCCAGCUAAAGAACUAGCCUCUCUGCUGCCGCCCUAGAGUCACUCCUUGGGUUAUGAGGGCGGUAACUAGCACUGGGCAGUUGUGUGACUAGAGGGGGCAGAAACCCUCUACUCGGGAGAGUUUGGAGUGUCAGUCACUGUGUGAACAGGGUUGGGGUUUCUGUACUGUACAGCUCUGUUUAUUUUAUGGGCAAGGGCCUAGGUCGCGGCUGUGUAGUGGCUGCUUAUUGUGCUAAGCAUGCUCAUUCCGGAGUCCUCCCUCUGUUUGUUUGUAUCUUCCUGCUUUCCUCUCCUCACAUACAAAGAUUGUGAGCUCUUCGGGGCACAGGCUGUCUUGAAAUACAGCACCAUGGGCCCCAGAGCCCCGACUUGUACGGGCACGUGCUAACACGAUCCAAAUAACACAUCUUAACACUAAUGAAUGACUUGCCAUUUGAAGCAUUUGUUUCUUUUCAGCACCUUUUGUGUGUUACAGGAUUUCCUGCCAAUUAGAAUUUAAGAAUCUUCAACUGCAAGGAGGGUUUGGUGGGCAUUUGACAGGGUUAUUUUAGCAAACGUUAUUUUUAUUUUUUUAUGAUUCACAUAAUCCGGGACCAAAGUGUUUUUAGAACAGGAUUUCUAGGGGAUGCUACAGGGCUCUCUUGGCUGGGCCAUGUGGCAUUAAAUACAGAAAUAAACAUGGGAGCGAACAAAAAAGAGUUGUCGCCUUCUCUUUCUUUACUGAAACAUUCCUUGUCCCCAAGAUGGGUUGUAGCUGCAGCCAGACGAGCCACGCCCCCCCCUUUGUCAGUUUAAGACGUAUCCUGCCCCAUUGAGCUUUGUUUAGCCUGCUAGAGCCAUAUCUCGAAGCCUUGGUGGAGCAUAGUCAAGGCCCUGUGUACAGGCAUCGGGACAGACAUCACAGUUAGUCGUGUGUUAGUAUAUUUGUACCUGCCUACUGUAAU